AUGGAGGUUGUCAAAUCCAAGCACCAAGGUCGACAGUACGGCACCAAUUUUGCCCUGGGUGACGACAAAACACCUUUGGUUUCAUCUUACUACAAAGAUUACAUCGAGUCUAAAAGACGGACAACAGAGGGCGCUGACUCUGUCAAACAGGUUCUUGCAAAACCACCUCAAUGUGCUAGGAUUUUGUUAUCUAAAGAGCAAUUCCCUGCUGCGUCAAUAGCCACCACUACAAACCGCAGAGACUACCAUCGAGACCGUGGGGCAUCCAGCGCCAAGGUGUACCGGGAAAGACUCAGCGAUCUACAGACAAUUAAAACUCUUCACAUGCAGAACUCCGUAGUGUUUGGUCCACCAGGAGGAGUCGGCGGGUCGAAGGGAGGAGGGCCUGCCGAUAGAUUCCUCUCUCUCGCCCAUGAGCAUUACAGAGACCCAGCUGUCACGGCCAGACUCAUCAUAAAGUCCGGCCAACUGUAAAUAAGUUUUGUUUUGUAAUACAAUUUACUUUGAUUUAUCAUGAGCUUCAUUCAAAAAGUGGAAAUAACAGAUUUAGCUUGAUAAAUCCGAAAGAAAAACAUAAAAUAGUUCUAAAGAAAGUGAACAACUAGACAACCCAAUUUUCGACGAUGAUGGGUAAUUAUACGAAAUUCAUGGUAUGACGGCCGCAUGUCACCUCAUGUGCACGACAGGAUGCAUACAUAAUCCCUACAGAAAAAUAUCUUAGACGGGGAAAGGAAACAGUUACUCAUUUUGUCAUUUUGAACGGUCAAAUACACCACGAAUCCCACUGUAGUAAAAC